AUGCCUUCCCGGGCUUCGCAACCUGGUAAGACUGCGCCCAAGUUCCUUCAAGACCUUCUUCGACUCGAUCCCCGAUCUGUCGUCCCGAACCGAAACAUCCUCAUCGAUCACGCUCCGCAAUUCGAUGGCAAGGCUCGCUCAGGCCCGCCCUUGGUCUUGGACAGAGGCAGCUGCAAGCAUGAAUACUACUCGCAUUUAGGAUGCUGUAAUCUGCCGCGUCUCGACGAGUCUGCACAACAAGACACUUGCUGGAAGGUUGCAGCUUGCUGCAGGAAAUGUCGUCUUUAUCUUACCCUCUCCAUCGACUACCCGGAAUCUGGUUGCGUACAACCUUGUCCCAAUCGAGAUCACCCACUCCACCAUCUUCGUCACACAUCGACUGAUACCAAUCCGUCACGAAUCAGUUAUCACUUCGAAUGCUCGAAUCUUGCCUGUCAAGCCCACGUGCACGUUACCUACGAGACUCCCGUCUUGUCCAAAGAAGACAUUCUAGUCCUCACCGACCCCCAAGCUUUGACUCGUCGCUACGAGCAAGUUCUCGAAGCUACCCCGGACCGUGAGGGUGUACGCCAGGCUACACCUGGAGAUGUCUUCUUCCGGUUUAAGAGAUAUGUUUCAGACUCUUUGAUCGAGCGCAACGCAAGGCGCAGCUUUCCUGCAAGGAAUAAGAGAUUUAUGGAAGCCUUUGGCACAGACUGCGACUCGAUACUCCACCGCAUAGGAUUCAGGAUGGGCGAGGAUGAGAAGGGCGAGGAGCAGUGGCACUUGCCUUCACCCAAACCAGUUGACGACCCAGAUUCAUUGCGUCCUAUGCUUGAGAGAUUGGCGAUCGAGCUGCAAUACCUGAACGAUGAGUACUGCGCAAGCCACGCGCUUCCCAACCCCUCUCGCCCGACAUAUCAAGCUGCAAAGUGGAUCUUGCCCAUGACAAAGUUCCUGGACGCAACUUGGAUUCAACCGAAGAGGACCACCCGUGAGUACAGCAGUCUAGCCCAAGACAUCAAUCAAGCAUAUAAGGCCUUGGGAAUCGAUCCGGAAAUGCAGAAGACUGUCGACGACGAACAACUGAUUGGAAUCUACAAAUCACGCUGGUCAGACUCUAGUGCUACAGGCCAGGUCGAUUUGAAGACAGCUUUGAAAACACUCGGCCAGGCCAGAAACAGCCGAUAUAUACUUGACACUGCCGCGGACACUGUGGAAACAUACGAACAGGCACUUGCGUGGCUUGGUGCUGAUGCAACCCAAGCAGACGAUACAAUCGUCGCAUUAUAUGGCGUUAAACUCGAGGACGGCUACAACGACCCAAUGACUAAAGAUCUCGCUCGCCGUGCAAUCAGCUUGAUUGCUGAGCAUCGCAAGAGCGAAAUCCUGCACAGUUGGCUUGCUACCGGUGAAAUGACUUCAAAAACAAUGACUCUUGAGGAUGCGUGCAAACACCUGGAAAUCCCAAAUCUUGAUGAGGUCGCCCCGGAAAUGAUCGGAUUUCAAUUCGACAUUGUUAGAGAGGGUAAACCCGGACCCACAACCGACAAGGCCAUUACAGUCGUUCGCAAAGCCAUGGAUGAACGUCAGUUCGGACAAUACUCUACACAGACCUGGCCUGUUGGCUUGAUCAGCCAUGGAAACACCUGCUACCUCAACAGUCUCCUCCAGUAUUACUUCACUAUCAAGCCUCUUCGAGAGCUUGUACUUGAUUUCGACAGGUACAAGUACGAUCUCUCAACUCAAGGUGCCAAAACAGAGCGAGUUGGAAACCUUCAUCGUCCUGAGUAUGAGAUCGAGUCAUUCCAAAGUCUUACGAACGACCUCCGUCACCUCUUCGAGCGCAUGAUCAGAGACCGUGGACCAGCCGUAAAACCUGAGGCAGACUUGGUCUGCCGAGCUUUCUUGAAGCCGACCAGCCCUGAAGCCGACACAACAAGUUCACAACAGGGUGAUGAAGUAGACGUCAACAUGACCUCAACCGAGAGUGAGAGCCAUCCCGCUAGCGUGGCCGUGAAUGCAGAUGACUCUUCAACAAUCUCCCAGACCAGCUCGACGACACUUCAAGGCAACGCUGUGCUUACUCCGCCAGACACGCCUAAAGCCGAGAAAGAGGGCGAGCUCCUCGCCCCACCACUGCCGCCUAGAAGGCCUGCAACCCCAUCACAACAAACCAAAACCAACCUGGAAAAAGCAGAAGAAGCCGCCAGACAACAGCAAGAUGUCGCUGAAGUCAUGGAAGAGUUGCUGACAAGGCUGAGAGCGUCAAUCAAGCCGCUUGGCCAAGAUCCUCAGGGUGAACAGUUGGACCAGCUUCGAGACAUCUUCAACAUGCGCAUUGUCGAUACGAUCAUCCCAGAAGGCCAGCAACCUUCCACAAAAGAAGACGACUUUACCAACUUGAUGCUUCUGCCGCCUUACGAGCCUACCGACAUUUACUCCGCUCUUAGUCGAGUCCUUGAUCUACACCCAGAACCCGAAGCUAGCAAGCCGGUCAACGUGUACAAAACCUUGAAGUCAUUCCCACCAAUUCUUCAAAUCAGCAUCAACCGCAUUCGUUUAGGCCGCGAUGGUAAACCAGUCAAGAGUGUUGAUCGCAUAAGACUCGAAGAAACUCUGUACAUGGAUCGCUUCUCAGAUGACGAGAUCGUGCUCGCUAAACGCAAGCAAUGCUGGGAGUGGCGUAGAUGUUUACGCAGCCUACAGGCCGAGAAAGAGACCAUUCAAAAGACAGACACUGGUAUCGAUGGUCCAUCCACACUCGAUGCUGUGAGUGCCUGGUUAUCCACUGUAUCUGAGUGUGACACAACCCUUCUGGAAGUUGGAAUUGAACCGAUAAAUGUGCCCGAGUCACUCCCAUCAGAUCUCCAGCAGGAAAGUGCUCUUCAGCGUGCGCGCCUCACAAUCAUUGACCGGGAAGUCAAAGAGCUGGAAGACAAGAUUGUAAAGCAAUUCUCUGGACCUGAAUUCGAGAAGGUUAAAUACCGCCUUCAUGCUGUCUUCUUCCAUCGCGGCAGCACUGGUCAUGGUCACUACUGGACAUGCAUUUACGACAUUCAACACAACAUCUGGCGUUUGUACAACGAUGAGAAGGUAGAACAGGUCAACAGGCUUGACGACAUCCUCAGCGCAGAAACCUGGCAGCAGGGUACACCCACAUAUGCUGUAUACGUCCGAGACGAUACCAAAGAGCAAUACGUGGAGCCACUGUGCCGUAAUGUCGAAGAAUUAGUCGACGAGCCGAUGCCCGACGCACCUGCUUCAUUCGAACCGACACCUGAAACGACUGCUCCAUUCGAUCCAACAGAAAUAGCACCAAGCAGUAUCAAAGUGGAAGGAGACUGGGACAAGAGAGACCAACCGACCAUCACCACCACUCCUCCCCUAGACGGUCGUCGAUUGAACCACAAAGGCGCAGUUACCAAGCCCGAGCAGAAACCUAAGAAGAAGCCGCUCCUCACAUAUCGAAGAGCUCGUCGCUUGGGACAGUAG